GAGCAGUUCUGGGGAUUCGCCUCCCCUCGGCCUGGCGUCCGUUGCCUUCCUUCCUCGUUUGCACCCCCAUCCCGCCGCAUCCCGCAGCAUCCCAGCGCAGAACGCACAGUUUUCAGUUUAUGUGAACAAGUUGUGGAAACCACCUGUAAACCUAUUGACUGAAUUUAUGGAGAAGCCUAAACAGGAUGGAAGUCAUUCAGCAGAACUAUUUUUUCAUCUUCAAAGCCCGUUAGAGAAAGAACACCUGCCGCGGCGUGCCAGUGAAAGUCAUCUCAGCUGCCUGAAGCAAGACAUUCUAAAUGAAAAGACUGCACUGGAAGCAACACUUGAGGAAGCUGAGAUGGUAACCUGUUCCCUGGAAUUACUUCUGUCACUAUUUAAAGACACCAUUGAAAGAAUUGCUUUUGAAGAUACCAAUCUUGCUGAUUCUGAUUUGAAGGUUUCUAAACAGAAAGAAGUACUUAUGAAAGAAUUAGAUACCUUUAUACGUGUAAAACAAUCAUUAGAAUAUCUACUUAUACGGACAGAAUCCAAACAAGUUGGAGACAGGCUGUCCAGCGUGCUGUUAGAGAAACUAACUGAUAACGAAUGUGAAAACACUGAUCUGAAGGAGAGGAUACUUGAGAAGGAAGCAAACAUCCAAGAACUUUCUAAUUUGUUUCAAAAUGAACAGGCAAAUGCGUUGAAAGCAAACCGUCUUUCACAGUCAGUGAAAGUAGUGCAUGAGAGACUGCAACACCAAAUUGUAAAAAAGGGAGCAGAGAAUGAUAAAUUAAAGGAACAAAUUAAGCACUUAGAAAGUAAAAUAACAGAAUGGAAUUUGCAAUUGAAAAAGAACAAGCAUGAGGCUGUAUUGAUCAAAGAGUCAAGUAAACAAAAAAUGAUAGCUCUAAAGAAGGCAUCUACAGCCUACAAGCAAAGGCUCGGCCGUUUUACGGGGAAGACUGAGAAUCUGACUUCUCAGAUCAGAGACCAGGAAGCCCAGUUGUCUGAAAUAAUUUCCGCUUUCAAUGCCUGGAAAAGUCAUUACGAGAAAAUAAUAAUAGAAAAAACUGAAUUGGAAGUUCAGAUUGAGACGCUAAAGAAGCAGAUCAGUAACCUUUUGGAAGACCUGAAGAAAAUGGAAAGUUAUGGAAAGAAUGCAUGUGAAGAACUUCUGAGUAAACUUCACUCCAUUGAAUGUGGAAAGGAGACUCUCAGUCUUGACAAUGCAGAACUAAAGACAACACUUGCUGCUUUGAAGGAAAAUGCUGCUUCUGUUGAACAUGAACUUUCAGAAUUGAAAGAAGUAGAAAAGCAACGGAAAACCCUUACUGAAGUAUAUAAAGCUCAGGUACAAAAGUUGCAAGAAGCAGCUGAAAUCGUGAAAAGCAGGCAUGAAAAUUUGAUGCAUGAAAAUAAACAAAUAACAAAAAACAAAAAUAAAAAGUUAGAGAAAAUGAGAGGCCAGAUGGAUUGCCACCUUCAGGAGGUAGAGCACGUCCGGGAUUCCUUGACAGCGGCGGAGCAGAGGCUUCAGGAGUGUCAGGAGAGUCUGCGGCGCUGCGCGCGGAAAUGCGCAGACCAGUCGCAGACCAUUAGGGAGCUUCAGGGGCAGGUUGAUGGAAAUCAAAAUCUUUUGACCAAGCUUUCUCUGGAAGAGGAAAAUUCUCUCAUUCAGUUGAAAUGUGAAAGCCUUACACAAAAAUUAGAACAGAUGGGUGCAGAGAACAAAGAGCUCGAGGAGAAGCUGGCAGGCCAAGAAGCAUGCCUGAAGCGCAGCCACCUGCAGUUUAAAGAGAAGUCCACAGAGUAUAUCGCAUUGGCCCGCCAGCUGGAAGCGGCUUUAGCAGAAGGGAGACGGAAGGUUUCUGAAGAAAUAGAGAAAACAUCGUCUAGAGAGAGAGCUUUACAGAUGAAAAUAUUAGAUUUGGAAACUGAGCUUAGAAAGAAAAAUGAAGAACAAAAUCAACUUAUUUACAAAUUUCAAAGUAAAGCACAACAUCAGGAAGUGUGUUUGAAAGAAGUACAACAUAGUCUUGAGAAGUCAGAGAAUGAAAAUGAGAGUAUUAAGAAUUAUUUGCAGUUUCUUAAAACUUCUUAUGUAACUAUGUUUGGGUAGAUUGUUAAAUUUAUUUUCUAUAAGCAAUAAGUUUUUACUAUGAGUCUGAAAAAUGAUGAAUUAAUAUACAUAUAUGUAUCCUUCUGUUAUAUUGUAUAAUUAAUGAAUGGUAGUAUGAGAGAUUUUAUACAAAGUUUUUUAAAGCAUAAUUUAUUAUCCAGUCAACACUUUAAGACAAGAUAAAUGCUAGAAAUCCUCUUGAUUGAAAUAAAGUACAUAUGUGAUAUUAUUAUUUUUUAAUUUGUUAAUAGUUUAUAAAAAUAAAAUGUUUAACUCUG